AUAAUUAUGGCCACAAACUUGAAAUUUAAGCUAGAAACAACUCAAUUAAGCAUGGUCCAAUUUCACAUGAUCAAGCAAAAAAAAAAAAAAUUCUAAAUUCCCGACACCAAAAAAUCCCAUGUAUCAUCAUCAUCUUCUUCCUUUCCACCAAACCAAAAAGGCCACAGCCACACCAUAACCAAACCAGAGCAAAAAGCCCUCACUUUCCUUCAAGAUUUUCAGCAAUUUCCCUCUUCAUGGGUGCAGCCAAAACCAAGAUCCAACACUUAUUCUUCUUCUUCUUCUUCUUCUUCACCUACAUGACAUGCUGAACCAAUCCCCCAAAAAAAUGACCUUACCUCCCAUAAUCUCAAGAUGGUUCUCUGAUCUAGAUUGGAAACCUCUCCUCUUGAUCAUCCCUCCUCUCUCUCUCCUCCUUUUCUUCUCUAUCUCCUUAACACCCAUCACCCCUUUUUCCACCCUUUCCCCUCUCGCUUCCCGUUUCUUCAACAAAACCACCCUGAUUACACUCCCCUCCACCUCCCCAACAACAAAUCUUUCAUCAACUGCUCACCCUAGUUCGCCGCCUGUGAAUCCGAGUGACUCGACUCAGUGGAAAGAUGAGCUGGAUCGGUCGAGAAUGGCCGUGUGUUUAGUUGGUGGGGCCAGGAGGUUUGAACUGACUGGACCCUCGAUUGUGAAGAAUAUUUUACAAGUGUAUCCAAAUUCAGACCUUUUUUUACACAGCAAUUUUGACAACAAUGCUUUCAAAUUCUCUAUCUUGAAAACUGUGCCAAGGCUCGCCGCUGUCCGGAUUAUCAUUCCUCAACCUCUGCCGGAGACCUUGCCUCAGCUCCGUGUCCUUACAGCUGCUAAUUCUCCUAAUGGCAUCCAGGGCCUACUCCAGUACUUCAACUUAGUGGAAGGAUGUCUGACAAUGAUCCAGGAAUAUCAGAACCUGAAGGGGUUCAAGUAUGAUUGGAUAGUUCGUACGCGUGUUGACGGGUACUGGAAUGCCCCGUUGGGUCCCGAAAAUUUCAUCCCAGGUCACUACCUGGUUCCACCAGGGUCCUCUUAUGGUGGCCUUAAUGACCGGCUUGGCAUUGGUGAUCUCAACACUUCAGCGGUGGCCCUUUCCCGUCUUUCUUUAGUUCCCCAACUCGACGCGGCUGGAUUUCGUCAACUCAACUCGGAAACUGCUUUCAAGGCUCAGCUUACCACACAAGGUGUGCCUUUUGAUACUAGAAGAUUACCCUUUUGCAUUGUUUCGGAUCGGAAAUAUGACUUUCCUCCGAGCCGGUUUGGUGUGCCGGUGGCUGCAUUGUCAAGUCCAGGCCCGCUAAGUGGUGCGAAAUGCAGGCCAUGUAAGCCAGUUUGUGAAGGGACUUGUGUCGGUGAUAUCAUGACAUGGCUUUAUAAAGAUUGGAGCUGGACUAACUGGGAAAAUGGGACGCUUAAGUUAUGUGAUGCCCAUGGUGAUUUGGAGGCAGGGUGGGAAAAGAUUUUCGAUAGAGAUGCAGGGAAGGAGUUUGCUUCUGAAAGGAAGAGGAUUCGGGGUCUGAACACGAAGCAAUGUGCUGUUGAUUUUAAUGAAAUGAAGAAAAGGGCUUCCAUGUGGGAUACUCCUCCAGUGGAGGAGAUAUGUAGAUUAGGACUUCUUGGAGAGAAUUAGAGUCAUAUUCUUGAUUUUGAUUUUUUUUUUGGAGGUUAAUUUCUUGUAAAAAGAAAGGAAAUAGGAGGGUGUUUGGGGGAUUCUAGGUGGAGGGAAUUUUCUUUUAAUUCGAGUAUAUUGGAUCAUAAUCCUGUAGUGAUUGUUUAUUGUUCAUCAAGGUUCUAGUCACAGGACCGCAGGAAUAGUUUUGUCAUUA